AACGUAUUUUGAUCAUUUCUUUUUGUUUCAGGAGUCGAAAAAGCAUCUCGCUGGUUUAGGUACCCUGGGUUUAGGCUCACUCAUUACAGAGAUCACAGCCAAUGAUGAUGAGGAGGAUGAAGAGGACGGCAGAGACUCUGGUGGUGUGGAUACAGAUGGUUGGGUGAAAAGCACCGACGAUGCAGUUGAUUAUUCUGACAUCACUGAAGUGGCUGAGGACGAGCCCAGGAAGUAUCGUCAGGCCAUGGGCUCUUUACAGCCAAACAGAAAAACAGAUGAUGACGAUGACUAUGACGCAGACUGUGAAGAUAUCGAUUCUAAGCUCAUGCCUCCUCCACCGCCUCCAAAUCAGUCCACACCUGUGAAGAAGGACGAACCUGUGUGUCAGACCACCAAUGGUAAGGAAGUUGUGGCGGAGGAGGGAGAUGGGAUCAUCCUGCCUUCCAUUAUCGCACCGUCUUCUACUGCUGAGAAAGUGGACUUCAGCAGCUCCUCAGACUCCGAGUCAGAGGCCGAUCGUCCCUGUCAGGGCUCCGGGUCGGGGUCACCAGACAGGCUCACCCUCCCACUCGCUGGUAUCAUGCAGAAAGAUGCAGCCAAGGCGCUGCCGGGUGUGACGGAGCUUUUCCCAGAGUUUAGACCUGGACGGGUGCUGAGGUUCCUGCGUCUGUUCGGACCUGGGAAGAGCAUGCCGUCUGUGUGGAGAAGCGCUCGCAGGAAGAAGAAGCGGAAACACCGGGACCCUUUACCUGGAACACCUCCUCCAGAGGGAGAGGCCACGGAGCAGGCUGAGGAGAAGAAGUCUGGGUGGAUUUACGAAUACGCUGCUGCUCCUCCUCCAGAGCAGUGUCUCUCUGAUGACGAGAUAACCAUGAUGGCUCCAGUGGAAUCCAAGUUUUCACAGACCUGUGGCGAUGGGGACAAGGAGAUCGAGUCUCGGCCCAGAGUCGCAGAGUGGCGCUACGGACCGGCUCAGCUCUGGUACGAUAUGCUGGGAAUCCCCGAAGAUGGAAGCAACUUCAACUACGGGUUCAAAUUAAAGGAAAAGUCGUCCAGUGAAGAGCCGGCGCAGGAACCGUGUAAAGAAAUCCCAGAGCCUGUGCUGGAGGUCCAGACUCUAGAUGACAGCGGCGACGUCAGGGACGACGAAGAGAGGGACAAAGAAAAGACGGCGCUGGAGAACGAGCUCUUCCUGAUGGUCACUCAGCUGCAGUGGGAGGACGAUAUCAUCUGGAACGGAGAAGACGUGAAACACAAAGGCACCAAGACUCAGAGAGCCAGUCUGGCUGGAUGGCUGCCGUCCAGCAUGACACGCAACGCCAACGCUUACAACGCUCAGCAAGGUCUGGUCAGGAGUAAUUCCCAGUUGGUGCCUCCCACGCCUCCCCCCAUGCCCAAGGCCUCCACACUCUCUGCUUCCAAACGGGACAAAAACAUCCACGAUAGUCAGACCUCGCACGAAGACGACUGUCCCUGGUUUUCCAUUUUUCCCAUCGACAACGAAGAGUUGGUGUACGGACGCUGGGAGGACAACAUCAUCUGGGACGACCAGGAGAUGGAUCACCUCCUCAUGCCGCCUGUUCUCACACUGGAUCCUAACGACGAGAAUAUCAUCCUGGAAAUUCCAGACGAAAAAGAGGAAAUGACUUCGCACUCACCGUCCAAAGAAAACAAGAAAGAGCCAGCGCUGAAGAAGAGCCGCAUCCUGCUGGGAAAGACGGGAGUGAUAAAGGACGAACCUCAGCAGAACAUGUCACAACCUGAGAUAAAGGAUCCGUGGAACCUCUCCAACGACGAGUUCUACUAUCCCAAACAGCAGGGACUGAGGGCAACCUUUGGUGGAAACAUCAUCCAGCACUCUAUCCCAGCUCUGGAGCUGAGGCAGCCGUUCUUCCCCACUCACAUGGGUCCAAUGAAGCUGCGCCAGUUCCAUCGCCCGGCUCUGAAGAAGUAUUCGUUUGGAGCUCUGGCUCAGCCCGGUCCACAUCCUGUCCAGCCGCUGCUCAAACACAUCAAGAAGAAGGCCAAGAUGAGAGAACAGGAACGACAGGCGUCGGGCGGAGGAGACAUGUUCUUCAUGAGAACAUCACAGGACCUGACUGGAAAGGAUGGAGACGUGAUCUUGGCGGAGUACAGCGAGGAGUACGCGCCGCUCAUCAUGCAAGUCGGCAUGGCAACCAAGAUCAAAAACUACUACAAAAGGAAACCAGGGAAGGACCCUGGAGCUCCAGACUGUAAAUACGGAGAGACCAUCUACUGUCACACGUCUCCCUUCCUGGGCUCCCUUCAUCCUGGACAGCUGCUCCAGGCCUUUGAGAACAAUCUUUUCCGUGCUCCGAUCUACCUGCAUAAAAUGCGGGAGACGGACUUCCUGGUUCUGCGGACGAGACACGGCUAUUACAUCAGAGACAUUGUGGACAUUUUCGUGGUGGGUCAGGAGUGUCCCCUCUUUGAAGUCCCUGGACCCAACUCCAAACGGGCCAACACACACAUCAGAGACUUCCUGCAGGUGUUUAUUUACAGAUUGUUCUGGAAGAGCAAAGACCGGCCGCGCCGAAUCCGCAUGGAGGACAUAAAGAAAGCUUUUCCCUCGCACUCCGAGAGCAGCAUCAGGAAACGACUGAAGCUGUGUGCCGACUUCAAACGCACAGGGAUGGACUCCAACUGGUGGGUGCUGAAGCCCGACUUCAGAUUACCCACAGAAGAGGAAAUCCGGGCCGUGGUGUCUCCAGAGCAGUGCUGUGCCUAUUACAGCAUGUUAGUGGCAGAGCAGAGGCUGAAGGACGCUGGCUACGGUGAGAAGUCCUUCUUCGCCCCAGAGGAGGAGAACGAGGAGGACUUCCAGAUGAAGAUUGACGACGAGGUGCGAACAGCUCCGUGGAACACCACGAGAGCCUUCAUUUCCGCCAUGAAGGGGAAAUGUCUCCUGGAGGUCACGGGCGUGGCUGACCCGACGGGCUGUGGAGAAGGUUUCUCCUACGUCAAAGUGCCCAACAAGCCCACGCAGCAGAAGGACGACAAAGAGCCGCAACAGGUGAAGAAGACGGUGACGGGAACGGACGCCGACCUGAGGAGGCUCUCUCUGAAGAACGCCAAGCAGCUGCUGCGCAAGUUCGGCGUUCCAGAGGAGGAAAUCAAGAAACUCUCUCGCUGGGAAGUGAUUGACGUAGUCAGGACCAUGUCCACGGAGCAGGCGCGUUCAGGCGAGGGGCCCAUGAGCAAAUUCGCCCGGGGGUCUCGUUUCUCCGUGGCCGAACAUCAGGAGCGCUACAAGGAGGAGUGUCAGAGAAUCUUUGACCUGCAGAACAAAGUACUGGAGUCCACUGAGGUUCUGUCCACCGACACCGACAGCAGCUCAGCAGAAGACAGUGACUUUGAGGAGAUGGGGAAGAACAUCGAGAACAUGCUGCAGAACAAGAAGACCAGCUCCCAGCUGUCCCGGGAGAGGGAGGAGCAGGAGAGGAAGGAACUGCAGAGGAUGCUCAUGGGAGAAGAGAGCGACCGGGACAACAAAGGACGCAAGGAGCGACGCAAAGGCCUGUCCAGUUCCUUGUCCACGAGUUCACACAAAGACGACGACACCUCCUCCGUCACCAGCCUCAACUCCUCGGCCACCGGGAGGCGCCUGAAGAUCUACCGCACCUUCAGGGACGAGGACGGAAAGGAGUACGUCCGCUGUGAGACAGUGCGCAAGGCUGCGGUCAUCGACGCCUACAUGCGGAUCAGAACCACCAAGGACGACGAGUUCAUACGUAAGUUCGCCCUCUUUGAUGAGCAGCACAGGGAGGAAAUGAGGAAGGAGCGCAGACGCAUUCAGGAACAGCUGAGGAGACUGAAGAGGAACCAGGAAAAGGACAAGAUCAAGGGUCCUCCAGAGAAGAAGGCCAAGAAGGCCAAAGAGAGACCAGACCUCAAGCUGAAGUGCGGAGCGUGUGGAGCCAUAGGACACAUGAGGACCAACAAGUUCUGUCCACUCUACUAUCAAACCAACGCACCUCCCUCGAACCCAGUCGCCAUGACUGAGGAGCAGGAGGAGGAGCUGGAGAAGACGGUCAUCCACAACGACAACGAGGAGCUGAUCAAGGUGGAGGGAACGAAGAUCGUCCUCGGAAAACAGCUGAUAGAGAGUGCCGACGAAGUGCGCAGGAAGUCCUUGGUGCUGAAGUUCCCCAAGCAGCAGCUGCCAGCGAAGAAGAAACGUCGCGUCGGCAGCGCCAUUCACUGUGACUAUCUCAACAAGCCGCACAAGGCCAUCCACCGCAGACGCACUGACCCCAUGGUGACCUUGUCCUCCGUGCUGGAGAGCAUCAUCAACGACAUGCGCGAUCACCCCAACACUUACCCGUUCCACACUCCGGUGAAUGCCAAGGUGGUGAAGGACUACUACAAGAUCAUCACUCGGCCCAUGGACCUGCAGACGCUGAGGGAGAACGUACGCAAGCGCAUGUAUCCAUCCAGAGACGAGUUCCGUGAAGCUGUGGAGGUUAUUGUGAAAAACAGCGCCACCUACAAUGGUGCCAAACAUCCCAUAACUCAGGUGGCACAGUCCAUGCUGGACCUGUGUGACACCAAGCUGAAAGAGAAGGAGGACAGACUGGUGCGGCUGGAGAAAGCCAUCAACCCUCUGCUGGACGACGACGACCAGGUGGCCUUCUCCUUCAUCCUGGACAACAUCGUGACCCAGAAGAUGAUGGUGGUUCUGGAUUCCUGGCCGUUCCAUCAUCCCGUCAACAAGAAGUUUGUCCCUGAUUAUUACAAAGUCAUCAUAAACCCCAUGGACCUGGAGACCCUGAGAAAGAACAUUUCCAAACACAAAUACCAGAACCGUGAAAUCUUCCUCUCAGACGUGGCUCUCGUUCAUGCCAACAGCAUCAAAUACAACGGUCCAGACAGUCCUUACACCAAGACGGCGUUAGAGAUCGUCAACGUGUGUAAACAGACCCUGGCUGAGUACGACGAACAUUUGACUCAGUUGGAGAAGGACAUCUCCACGGCCAAGGAGGCGGCUCUGGAUGCUGCAGACCUGGAGAGUCUUGACCCCAUGACCCCGGGGCCGUACACACCCCAGUUUUUCUAUGAUCCUGUUGGUCAGGGCCGCCACGGCAGGAGACCUGGAGAAGAAGAGUCGGACGUUGACAUCGAAGGUUUUGAGGAGGAAGACGACGGCAAACCCAAGACUCCUGCUCCUGCGGAGGACGCCGAUGGAGACCUGGAGGAUGACGACGACGACGACGAGAUGCUGCUGCCGCCUCGCAGACGAGUGCACGACCACGACGACGACGACGACGAGGAGGACGAUGAAGGAGACGACGGCAGAUCCAACCGUCCGGCUCAGGCCAGCGUUCUGUACCAGGACCUGCUCAUGUCGGACGGAGAGGACGACGCCAGCGAAGAAGAGGGAGACUGAAAAAUCUCCUGUAGGUCCUGGAGGUCCUGGAGGACAGUCCUCCACGAUCGUGCACAGUGGAAGGUGUCUCCGUGUCCACCUGACUGACCGGUGUUUGUCUCUUUGUCCUCCAGCCAUCCACCUGUCAGAGAGCGGCAGCGACUCGGACAGAGAGAUCAACGUCCGACCUCAGCCUCCGCGUCGGGCCCAGGAAACGGCCCGGAUGGGAAUGGAGCAGGAUGAGAGCAUGAUGUCAUACGAUGGAGACGGGGCCGACGGAGCACACCUGGAGGACAGCAACGUCAGUUACGGAAGUUACGAGGAAACGGAGAGCAGGAGUCAGCUGCAGCCGUCCAGCCUCGGCAACGGGGAAGAAUACGGUAUCAGCGAUGAGGAGGAGGAGGAGGAGGAAGGAGACGAAGGCAGGAGGAGAGGACCGGCUGUUCUGUCCCAGGUCCAACUGAGUGAAGAUGAGGAGAGCGAAGAGUUCCGGUCGAUCGGAGGAGACAGUGACAUUGACUCUGACAAUUAGUCACAGCGUUGUUGGUUUUAUUAUUAUUAUUAUUGUUGUUUUUAGCAGUAAGAAAAAAAAACAUUGUUGUGUGUAAGGAGGAGUGCCCUCUGGUGGUGAGGGCUGCACAUACAGGAUAUGAAGUCUGUGUCAAUCUGUCUGUGUGAUCACUCUGAUGAAACACUCUCUCUCUCACUGGAGUCAGUGAAUACUCAUGUGAAUACUUUGUAUAUUUUGUAAAUGACUCCUGGUGUUUCUGCCUGUUCUACAGUGAUGUGUGACGGUCGUGUAAACAUUUUUAUCUUGUGUCCUGCGCUCACAGAAAAGUCUUUGUUUUUCUACCCAGUGCCAAUGUAAAAAAUAAAAAUAUAAAAAUUAA